AUGAUUAAAGAUCAUGCCCGUGGGGGCUUAAAGGCUGCAAGGGGAAGAAGUUUGCAGGACACGAAGUCGGCCGAGUGGGACUCAGCCUCACCAUCAGGUGAUGCAGCGCACGGGAGUAUCUCGGAAGGGAACCGACGUCGCCUAAAGGCUAGUACUGGCAUCCUUCCAAUCAACGAAUGGCCGGAAUAG